UUGGGCUUCCUUGCCAUUGCUGAAUGUUCAUGCUUACCCAUGACUUCCUCUAUCUCAGCGUGGAUUUGGAGUGAGAGAUUCUGGCUUCCUGAAAAUGUGUCCUGGGCGAGUCUGGAAGAUCCCCCACCUGGAGUUGAUUACCCCAGACCGGGGCACAUACUCUACGCUCUGCCUCUGGCUGUGGGAGUUUUACUGAUAAGACAGCUUUUUGAAAGGCUAGUGGCCAAGCCCUGUGCCCACAUACUUCGGAUUCAGGCGGGAGUGCCUCGGCAAGCUCAGCCCAAUGCUGUCCUGGAAAAGCUGUAUCAGUCCAAAACGCGUCCAGACACAAGGCAAGUGGAAGAACUCUCCAAACGGCUGGACUGGGAUGAACGAAAAAUACAAAGAUGGUUUCGUAUCCGUCGGAGCCAGGACAGACCCAGCACCCAGAAAAAGUUCUGUGAGAGCAUGUGGCGAUUCAGCUUUUACCUGGUGAUUUUUAUCUAUGCCAUUUCCCAUUUGUGGGUGUCACCUUGGAUGUGGGAUACCAGACAGUGUUGGUACAACUACCCUGUUCAGCCUCUGAGUCCUGGACAGUACAAUUACUACAUGGCAGAGCUGGCUUUCUAUUGGUCUCUGAUGUUUUCCCAGUUCACAGACAUUAAACGUAAGGAUUUCUUGAUCAUGCUUGUCCACCAUCUGGCCACUAUAUGCCUCAUCACUUUCUCCUAUGGCAACAACAUGCUAAGAGCAGGCACGUUGGUCAUGUGUGUGCAUGAUGCCUCAGACAUCUUUCUUGAGGCAGCCAAGUUGGCCAACUACGCCAAAUACCAAAGGCUAUGCGACGGCCUGUUUGUGGUCUUCAGCAUAAAGUUUUUCCUCACUCGACUUGUCAUCUUUCCUUUCUGGAUUAUUUACAGUGUUAUGUUUGAGAGCUGGGAGAUUGUAGGUCCUUAUCGAGCGUGGUGGCUGCUCAACGGGUUUCUGCUGGUCCUGCAAGUUCUUCACAUAAUUUGGUUCUACCUCAUCAGUCGCAUCGCUAUCAAAGCCAUUUUCAAGGGAAAGGUGGCAAAAGAUGACCGCAGUGACGUAGACAGCAGCUCGGACGAGGACAUUUCUUCCAGUAAUAGUCAAAACUCCAAUCAAACGCCAAACCUGAAUGACCGCCGUCACACUGGUGCACUUAAUGGCAAUACCCACGACCAUUGA